AUGAGAAAGAGUAUUACUCCAGCUGAAAAGUUAGCAGUGACAUUAAGAUACUUAGGAACAGGGUGUACAUUUAUAGAUUUGCACUACUCGUUCAAACUAGGAGCUUCAACUAUAGGGAAUAUUGUAAGAGAAGUAUGUAUUGCAGUUUGGGAGGAAUUAGCUCACAUUGAAAUGCCAUCUUUGACAGAACAGCUAUGGAAAAAUAAAGCUGAAUUGUUCGAGCAGCGUGCCAAUUUCCCUCUGCUAUUAGCGGUUGUUGAUGCAAAUUAUAAAUUUUUAUACAUCGAUGUCGGGUCUUAUGGGAAGGACUCAGAUUCAACAAUUUUUAAGAAUUCUACUUUUUGGAAUCUGUUAACAAGAAAUGAAUUGAAUAUCUCUGAAGCAUGUCCAAUACAAAAUACUAAUAUUAUUGCAAAUUACGUAUUUGUUGGUGAUGAAGCAUUUGGUCUUUCUGAACAUAUGCUACGUCCUUAUGGGGGAAGAAACUCGACAAGUAAAAAACGUAUAUUUAAUUAUCGUUUAUCCCGUGCACGUAGGUACGUGGAAUGUGCUUUCGGAAUACUGUCCAACAAAUGGAGAAUUUUUCAUCGGCCAUUGAAUGUUAGUACUCGGUUGGCAGUAAAUAUCACUAACGCAUGUUGUGUUUUGCACAAUUUUGUACGUGAAAGAAAUGGAAUCGAUUUUAAAGAUUCCCUUACAGUGGAAGGUUUCGAAGAAAUAGACCCAGUAAUUGCUGAUCGUGGAGGGAGAACAGCUAUUGAUAUGAGGAAUGUAUAUGCUGAUUAUUUUUCUUCAGAAGGAGCAGUUCCAUGGCAACAUAAUAAGUAG